AUGGAGCAAAAACAUCAAACUCCUUUGAAAAAAUGUUCUUUUAAAUGUAAAUCAAUAAUAGAAAAUCGACAGUUCACAAUUUGUUCAGUGUGUGAGAAUGCCUACCAUAUUGACUGUGCAAAUAUAACUUUCGCUCGCUUUAGAAUAUGGACAAACGAGACUAAAAAAUCAUGGAUAUGUAAUAGAUGCAUAAAAAGUAAAACAAAUACGAAGAAUGCAGUCCAUUCUCCAUCACUGGAAAAGGAUACUGUGAAUAUCACAAGACGUAAAAAAAGGAUUGGAACACUUGAAUGUAAUGAUAUGAAUGAUGUAGACUCAAAAUCUACAAACAGCUCACCAACAACUGGCCAGACACUAUUUUCAAUGCACAAGGAAACAGAUGAAUACAUUACAAAAGAUUUACCUACAGAAAAAUUAUUAGAAAAAUCAUUAUCCAUAGAAUUGCCUGUUGAAUCAGUUAACACUAGUUUCCAAUCCUUAGAAGACUUAUCACACAGCUUAGAAUUAGAAUUAGUAAAUGAACUUGAUAUUGUAAGCAAACAAAAAAUUAAAAUAGAUAACUUACAAAUUAAAUUAAAGAGUUGUGAAACUGAAUUAGACGAUACAAUUUUAGAAAAUAAUGAAUUAAGGCGACAAGUCACUAAACUGACAAAGGAGCUGCUUAUUCUAAAAACAUUUGUAAAACCCCACAAACGGCAAAAAAACAGCGCGGGAGUUUAUUUUCAAGUUCGUCCUCAAGUUCUCCAGAUAAAAAAAAUACAGAGCAAAUAUUUGUUUUGGAAAAUAAAAUAA